UCUGAGAUCCGAUAAAUGAAGAAUUGAGUGUGAAGGGACCUGUGAGAAACAGAAUGGCUACCGACCGAAGAAACGGUCUCCAAACGAUGGGAAUUAGUGUGAGGCGAGACGCCGAGCGCUCAUUUCCGAAUUCGCCGACAUGGAGUCGUUCCGCGGCCACGACCCCGCGGAUGCGAUGGACGCGCCGAUGCCGCAGUCCAAGCUCAAGCUGCGUAAGAAGGCCGUCGACGACGACGCCGGGCCCGCGCCGGGGCGCAAGCGCGCGCGUCGGGAGAAGGACGUCGACAAGGCGUACCCGGACGACCGGUCCUCGACCGGAGGUCGCGACGAGAAGCCUGACGUCGUGGCCGCGCCAGCGGUGGGCGUACCUUUCCUCACAGCCUCGGGGCGCGACGACAUUGAGGCCGGCAAGAGCUUGCUCGAAUUGCUCCUCAAGCCGAGCCGGCAAAAGUCCAAGCGCCGCGACGACCGCACCGAAGAAGAGAUGUUUGGCACACACGACAUGACGCUCGUGCCGCCUGGCAUCGUCAACAAGAUGGACAAGCUCAAGGACGACUACGUGCGCUCGGUCGCGACGGAGCACACGCGGCAUUGGAUCCAGAUGAGCGGCUUUGGCGACAGCUCCAAGUUUAUGAGCAACUUGAUUCCGGCGGUCGAGCCACAGUACCCGUGCAACUACCCGACGAUCCUCGACGAGAUUGUGGUCUCGUUCAUGUUCAAGCGGCCCGAGUACACGGAUAUGUUGAUCCGGACCGUCAUCAAGCGCCACACUGAGCACGUCUACCCGGAGAAGAACCCGCUCGUGCAAACGAUGCUGCAGAAGAUUGCGCUGCUGCACACGGGCGAGCUCUUUGGCGACUCGGCCGCGACGACCCGGCACCGGAUAGCGACCUUGGCGAUCGUCAAGGCCUUGUUCCACAGCAACCAAGAAAAGCUGUACCUCAGCACGUGGAUCCUCGACUGCUUGCGCGUCACGAGCCAAGACAUGCUCGACGUGCUCGUCGCCAAGCUCCUCAACGCGAUCGCAUUCCUUCCGCUCAUGCAGCCCGAGCCGCACGCGCUGCCGUGGCUCGCCAUGUGGCAGGACGAGACGUGGUCCAUCUACGACGGCGGCCACCAGCUCGUGGACCUUGUGCACCUCGAGACCAAGCACGACCCGUCGACGCGCCGCGUGACGCGCUCGAUCGUCCGUGAGGCGCUUCUGCGCUUUGCCUACAUGCCUCAAGGCCACUUUUCGUUCUUUGCGCCAGCGUUCCGCUCUUAUUUAUGCGCCGCGACGACCGACAGCCUCGCGAUGCUCACCGACGUGGUCCCGAAAUUCCCGCCUCGGUACGUCGCCGCCGACCCGCACCCUAUCACGCAGCUCCUCGACCUCUUUGCCAGCGCGAUUCCGCUCGCCAACGCAUCGGACAAUGCGUGGUUCCUCCUGCAUCUCUGGCCGCUCGUGCUCACGUCGGACGACGCACCCGAGUUGCUGCCGAUGGUCUUUACGCGCUACAUGGCGUACGUCUUUGGCGGUCUCAACGACAAGAAGCUUCCGGAGCAACUCGGCUUUGGCCCGCACGUCGUCUUUGGCACCGUCGACGCGUGGCAGAGCCUCCGCACGUUUCUCGAGGCAAUUCCGACGCACGCGACCAAGCGCCUCCCGACCAUUCGGCGUGUCUUUGCCGCGUGGAAGGCGGCGUGGGCCGAGGCCACGGUGCCGCUGCACGUGAUGCUGACGAUGGUCGUCGUCUCGCUCUCGUUUGAAGCGACCGACGACACGUCUGCGGCGUACCACGCGACCAUGACGGAGUUUCGAGCGCUCACGCUGUCGCUCUUGACGGCCAAGGCGGCGACGCUCUUUGCGUCUGGACCCGGGUACCUCGCGUUUCGCCAUACGUUUCUGCAGCACCCGCGCGGCGUCUGCCCCAAGCGGCUCGCCCACGUUGUCGAUACAGUGCUGGCGCAACUGCCGUUGGACGACGCUUCGUAUGCGCUGGGCUUGCAGCAGACGCUCGUCGCGAGUUUGGCGGACGAAAUGGAGCCCUUGCCGGGCGUCGCCUUCUUUGAUUGGCAACAACACAUUGUCCGGGUGCUGCCGAGCGGUCCGUCCACCAUAACACACCCGCCACAGCCACUUUUGACGGUGCUCCUCUUGACUGAGCUCGUGUCGACGGCGUCGCCAUCGGUGGCCACGUUUGUUCAGCGCCAAGUGGCCACGUCCCCGGCCGUGUACGAAGCGCUCAUUGCGCUCCUCUCGUCGAUGGACCAAGACGUGGUCGAUGCGACGCUUGGGCUUUUGCAAAACGUCUUGACGCGCUGGCACGACCUGGUGCCGGACCUCUGGACGCAGCCGCAUGUACUGCAGACCAUUGCGCGCCUCGCCCACCGCGCCGACGCACGCGGCGCCAAGACGCUCCUCGAAGCGCUGGUGACGCGUGGACCGCCGCGCGUGCCGCUGCUUCUCCUCCGGCUGUGCGUCGACGCGCUGCCGUCCCUCCCGGCCCACGAGAUGCUUGCGUAUGUGCACGACGUCCAGCUUGGGCUUGGGCAGACGCCGGCCGUGUGGGAGCCAGUGCUGCAGUUUGCAUCGGCGCAGCUGCUAUCGACAGCGACGGCGUACUGGACGGAAAAGUCGGCUGCCCACAUGGGUCUCCUACUCCUGCGCAUGCUGUACAAACUGCAGUGGCGGCCCGAGUACGCGUCCUUGCUGCCGUUUGCGCUUCGGACGCUUGAGACGUCGUCGGACGUCAUUUGCGCGUUGCAGCUCGGCCUGCUUUACGAUGUGGUCGCGACGGCACCGCGCGCCCAAGACAUUGCGCCCGUCUUGACGUCAAGCAACGUGAGCUCGCGCCUCCAGCUGCUGCUCUCGCUGCCGCAACAGCGCGGACCGUCGGUCGUGGCGCUCGCAAAGCGCACGCUUGGCGCGCUCGAGACCAAGCCUUCUGCCGUAGCCUCAUCAUCAUCAUCAGGAAAGCUGCAUCGUACCGACGACGACUAGAGUUAUACAAAGAUUAAAUACCAACUGAUUGUGGUCGCGCAAUAGCGACCGUCAACUUCGUCGCAGCUGCCCAUGUUUGCGAAA